AUGAUAGAAAAGGUCAAACACACACAAGAAGAAUACAUAGGGUCAAACAUUUUUGAGAUUGUGGGAACAAAUGUCCAGUCAACAUAUAUUACAUGCCUUGUUGAUCAAAUUGCUACACUUGGCAUAAAGCUACUUUUUUUGGUUAUCAUUGUGAAUAACAUCAUGAAAUAUUUCACGUUUGAGAUUCAGGUGUUGGAUGAUAAAAAUGUCAGACAGCUUUUCUAG